CGGAGAUCUUGUUGUAGUUGUCUACAGCAAAUUCUCCCUGUAGGAUUACGACUGCUCUUCCAAAGUCUUGCCUUUUGAGAGACUACAUCUAAAUUUGCGGUGAAACAUAAGAGCUUCGUUCUCCUAAUUUUGACUGGAGAUGGCCUUGAGUGAGACCAUUUUGCCUUCAAUUUCAACUUUUGCAACUCAGAGAGAAAAGUGUUGGGAAGAUUUGCAGAGAUGGAAGAGUGACAUGCAUUCCAGCUGCACGCUGACUGACAUUUCUCCGAACAUGGAUAUGCUUAGCAGACACGACGACGAGGAUCUAGAUAAUUUGUUGGAUCUGGAAUUUAUUCUUUCAAACACAGCGGGUUCUGAGCCUACGGAGAUUGGAGGCGAGUACAGAAUGCCCGAGUCAGGCAACAUGUUCAACUCUGCCUACCCUGUCCCCGACCUAAACGGCUCUCCUCCGCCGUAUAACAACAGUCUGAUGGCAGAACUUCUGAGAUCUGAAGUGGACACUUACUGCCAACAGACUCACGCCGGUGGCAUGCAAGGGAGAUUCCUCGCGAUCACUUCGGACAGCAUAAAAGUCGAGCCUCACUUGGACAGUUACGGACCCGCAAUGGGAAUGGUUCCCAAAAUCAAGCAGGAAGGCAGUGGCGCGUGCAUGAGGGCGUAUGAGCAACCGCGGCUGGCGAAUUCACCUCAGGGUAGCAUGACCCCCCCGCUCAGCCCGACCGAACUGCUCAACUCGGAGUGCCCCCCGCCGCAGAUGUGCCACACGAUGACUCUGCCCCCGCACGGUUACCCGAACGUGCACCCGCAUCAUCCGCAUCCCCAGAUGCAUUUGCCAUUCCAUAGCGCGCACGGCUUCGGCAUGUGCGAGGAUGGAAUAGCAGGGGCGUCCGCCAACCAGAGAGUUCUGCUCACUCCACCGUCUUCUCCGCUCGAGCUGCUGGACUCCAAGCCCAAGAGGGGUCGGCGCUCGUGGCCAAGGAAACGGACCGCAACUCACACCUGUACUUUCACAGGCUGCGGUAAAACAUACACCAAGAGCUCGCAUCUGAAAGCGCAUCUCCGCACGCAUACAGGCGAGAAACCUUACCACUGCAGCUGGGAGGGUUGCGGUUGGAAGUUUGCCCGAUCCGAUGAGUUGACACGUCAUUUCCGUAAGCACACUGGACAUCGACCUUUCCAGUGCCACUUGUGCGAGCGUGCCUUCUCCCGGUCCGAUCAUCUCGCGCUGCAUAUGAAGAGACACAUGUAGGAAGGGACACGCGCUCAAUACACCUGUGGACUUUAACACACUGAGCAAAGAACAGGCAUGAAUAUAUUCAAAACAUGCAUUAUGACCCAAACAAACAAACAAGCUAUUUAAUGUUUGUCUCAGUAUAUAGAAAUGCCAAAAACAUGAACAGACCUGACAUUUUGUCAAACAUAUACCUAUUUUUGCAUUGUGUAGCUGGUACUACAGUUUCUUUGAACAACAACAAAAAAAAAAUUUUGUUAAGUAUAUUUUGUUUGCAUUUAUAAACACGUUUAUAAAGUAGUUUACUGGGCUGGACCCAAACCUUUGACGUAACUGGAAUCAAACAGUAAACAAGUUCGUCUAACAUGAUGUAAUCGUGACGUCACAACAGUGCCUAUUUGUUAUCCCAUGUAGCUAUGCAUCUCACGAGUGCCAUAAGUACUUGGCCAAGAAAAAAAAGACAAUCGUAUGUAAUUGUUUAACCUGCAAAAAUGAAAUAAGCAUUAAGACAAUGUUUUUUUUAAAUUUUAUUUUCUAAAACUGCCUUACAAGUACUUGAGGCUUGAAAUGAAUGUUUAAUCAUGUUUGUGCAUUUAUCAACAUGUCAGAAAUUUUGAAAAAAAAAAAAUCAGGGUGUCUUAAUCUAGAACUGUUCUCAUUCAAACAGUUUUUAAAUACACAUUCCAGUCUGUUUUUUGUCUCAACUGUUUGUUGUUACCAAAGAACUUUACAUUUUUAGAGUUUUUGUUUUCUGAGUUAAGUCUUUUGACUUGUAAAUAAUU